AACUAUUUAUAUUAUCUAUGUCUUUUUAUGCAACUGAUGUAAUAUAUAUUCCUUUUUGUCUAUUUCUUUGAAAUUAAAAAUAGCUGGACCGCUAUGUAUACCUUGCCUUUUAAGCACACUCAUUUUCUACUCCUAUUUUCCUUUCCUCUCCUCUACACUUUUGGAUUCUAUCUCUCUUUCUAAUUAUUCUCUCCCAAGCUCACUCCUACUUCAUAGUCCGAACCGAGAGAGCAUGCCUGAAUGUCCAGAGAAAGGGAAAAUUUUGAAGAGAUAGGGAAGAAGAUCAAGAGGGAGGGAGAUGUUUCAUCGCAAAUGGGAAGAAGACACAUGUUGGGCCCUCCUGGAACCCUAAACACCAUAACCCCUUGUGCAGCAUGUAAGCUCUUGAGGCGAAGGUGUGCUCAGGAAUGUCCCUUUUCUCCUUACUCCCCUCAUGAGCCCCAGAAAUUUGCUUCUGUUCACAAAGUCUUCGGUGCUAGCAACGUCUCCAAGAUGCUCAUGGAGGUACCAGAGAGUCAAAGAGCGGACGCAGCAAAUAGUCUAGUGUAUGAGGCAAAUGUGAGGCUUAGAGACCCAGUUUACGGAUGCAUGGGCGCAAUUUCUGCUUUGCAGCAACAAGUUCAAUCUUUACAAGCUGAACUUAAUGCAGUAAGGGCUGAAAUACUUAAAUACAAACUUAGGGAAGCUACUAACAUCAUACCCUCCCCUCAUCAUAUUCCUGUCCUCCCUAAUUCCUCUCGGGCCGUGUCAAUCGCCGCUCCACCACCUCCACCACCUCUGCCGCCGCCGCCUUCUCUUCCUUCUGCUUCUGAUUCCUCUUCUUCCAUGUAUACCCAAGUCCAGCAGAGGCCUCCCACCAAUUAUACCACAAUUUCAAGUGAUAAUAUUUCCUAUUUUGGUUAAAUUUCCAGACAUCAAAUAAUAAUAUUCCAUUUAUUUUUCCAUCUCUACUAGGCACCAGCUGGGGGAAUAAAGUAAGGGAGAAAAUGAUGAGAAUAUAAUUAUUGGAGAUUAAUUGUUAUGGGCUGUAAACUUUUCUUCUUCUUAUUUUUAUUUAUACUGUCUUAAUUAAUCCAUGAUUAUGCCCAAGUUUUCCCCUCUAUACAUGGUUAAUUUAGUGUAAAUUUUCUUCUCUCCUUUUAAUUACUUGCCUCAUUGUUUGUGAUUUCUGUCCAUCCCCUUCUGCAUUAUUUUCCCUACAGUCCCAUUCAAGAUUCAGGCAGACAAAUAGUCUCUUCAUUACUUCAUGAUGAAGCGAGAAAAAGGAAAAACCUUGCACAAUUAAUGAUACAGAAGCUAUUGCAAUUUGAAUAUUGGAAACCAUGUACGGGCGAGAGAGUUUGCUUGUAUUGUUGGGUUUGGAAAUAAAUUGGCACGUGCCAUCUCUGACUCUCUGGUUUAAUAUGGACCGUCAAGCAUGCUAAUCCGUGCCAUUGAAGUAUCUAAAUUGCUGUCUGAAGUUGCGGGAGACAAAAGGUAAGGUUGUGUGAACUUGUGAUCUUCACCAUAUAUAUGUUAAUAUGGGAAGCACAAACAGCUCAGCUUUUUUUUUUUUUUUCUGUUCCAGAUUAAUUAGAUAGCUUGCUAUACUAGCUGUCACUUCACUGUUUCCAUCCUUCUUAUUUUAUUGUUCUUAACAGUAAAGAGUUGGCGAUAUUGAUAAUUAUUUUUAGCUUUUGGUGCUUAUUAUAUGAUAGCGAUCAUUGAAAUGACACGCAGAUAUUAAUGCGUC